GUGACGUCACGCAGGAAAGUACACAUUCUCACGGUGCUGCAUUGACCUGAAAACAACAACCGAACGUCCGUAAUAUCCACCGAAAACGGCUCAUGACAUCUUCGUAGAAACCCCAACUUUCACCACAACAAUGGAGAAACCUCCCUUUAGACAGAACCAGGACUGCGGAGACUGGGAGCUGAAGGAGAGGCUAGGCAUGGGAGGCUUUGCCCAUGUUUAUCUCUACCAACAUCAUGAAACAAAUGAAAAACUAGCAGUGAAAAUGUGCCGUCUAGAAUUGACACCAAGGAAUAAGGACAGAUGGAGCAGAGAAAUCCAGAUCAUGAAAAAGUUAAAUCAUAUCAAUGUUGUGACAGCCAGAGAUGUUCCAGAGGAAAUAAACCUUAUAUCCUUAAAUGAUCUUCCACUGCUAGCCAUGGAGUACUGCUCCAGGGGAGAUUUGAGGAAGUUGCUGAGCAAACCAGAAAAUUGCUGCGGCUUGAAAGAAAGUGAAGUGCUUUCAUUACUCAAUGAUGUUGGGUCUGGUAUCCAGUAUCUGCAUGAAAACAAGAUUAUACACAGAGACCUUAAACCUGAAAAUAUAGUGCUACAAGAUAUCAAUGGAAAGCUUGUUCACAAAAUAAUCGACUUGGGCUAUGCUAAAGACUUGGACCAGGGCAGUCUAUGUACAUCCUUUGUGGGAACACUUCAGUAUCUGGCACCUGAACUAUUUGAGAAUAAGCCAUACACUGUUACUGUGGACUACUGGAGUUUUGCCACAAUGAUAUUUGAAUGUAGUUGUGGUUUUCGUCCGUUCCUACACAACCUGCAACCUGUUCAAUGGGCAAGCAAAGUGAGGAAUAAAGGUCCCAAAGACAUCAUGGCUGUAGAGGAACUGAAUGGAGAAGUCAGGUUCUCCACACACCUCCCAUACCCAAACAAUAUCAGCAGAACACUCCUGGAGCCAAUGGAGUCCCUGCUUCAGUUAAUGUUAAAGUGGGAUCCUGUUCUGAGGGGAGGCCAGAUCACAGAAUCCAAGAAACCCCUGUGCUUUGAAGUGCUUGAGCGGAUACUGAGUAUGAAGGUUGUCCACAUCUUGAACAUGACCACAGCUCAGGUGCAUUCAUACCAGUUGGCUCCAGAUGAGAGUCUCCAUAGUCUACAGAAGCGCAUUGAGACAGAGACCAAGAUAGAAGUGGUGAACCAGGAGCUGCUGCAGGAGACGGGUGUGUCACUGGAUCCUAGGAAACCUGCUGCACAGUGUGUCUUAGAUGGAGUGAGGGGGUGGGAUAGCUACAUUGUCUACUUGUUUGAUAAAAGCAUCACCAAGUACUCUGGUCCGUUCAGUGCCAGACAGCUGCCUGAUAAAGUCAACACUAUUGUGCAAGAGGCCAAAAUGCCGCUGCCCCUUGUUGUGUUAAAGAAAGUGUGGGGUGAAGCAGUAAGCUACAUCUGUGGUCUGAAGGAGGACUACAGCAGGCUUUUCCAAGGACAGAGAGCUGCUAUGUUAAGCCUGUUGCGCUACAACACCAAUCUGACCAGGUGUAAGAACAGCAUGUUUGGCUUCUCGCAGCAGCUGAAGGCCAAGUUGGACUUCUUUAAAAGCAGCAUUCAGUAUGACCUGGAAAAGUACAGUGAUCAGAUGCACUAUGGCAUAUCCUCUGAAAAGAUGUUGAAAGCCUGGCAGGAGAAUGAGGAGAGAGCUGCUGCUUUUGCACAGGUGGCAGAGGUGAGCUAUUUAGAUGAUGAGAUCAUGGCUCUCCAUUCUGAAAUAGUUGAACUCCAGAGGAGCCCAUAUGCCCGACGCCAAGGAGACAAGAUGGAGCAGCUAGAAGAAAAAGCUAUUGAGCUCUACAAGCAAAUGAAGAUUAAAUGCAAAACACCUGAGCCUGAUGUGAGCAGUGACAGCUCUGAGAUGGUGAAGGCCAUCAUCCAGACUGUCCAGAAUCAAGACAAGGUCCUCAAAGAUCUUUACACCCACCUCAGCAAGAUCCUGAUCAGUAAACAGAAGAUCAUUGACUUAUUUCCACGGAUUGAGAAAACCUUAGAAAGUAUCAAGGAAGCUGAUAACACAGUGAUGCAGAUGCAGAUCAAGAGACAGAGAGAGUUCUGGCAUUUAUUGAAGAUCGCCUGUGCUCAGAACUCAUCGAGAAACUCUAUAGCAGCCAGUCCGGAGUCAUCCAACCUGCUGCAGGUUUCUCAGUGGUCACAGUCAGCCCAGCCAGUCAGCUCUCCACAUCCUCUCACCUCCCUCCCUGGGCCAAAUGACAAUGAUGCUGCCCCACGCCUGCUCCAGGAGAACCAGAAGUACCUCAGUCAGCUGACCAGCCUGAUGCAGGAAGCUGCUGAUGAACAGGCCAAAAGUAUGGUGGACCAAGACUGGAGCUGGACAAAGUAUGAGACUUUAACUACAAAAUUAAAAAAGAGAAAUGCCUAAGACCUUUUGAGUGCUCCAUCCCUGCCUGUGCUCCAAGUAACACUAAGGACUCUAAACUGCGAAUACAGUGGAGGGGCGUAAACAUUGUACAGUUGUACAUGGACUUGGGAUCUCUCCAGAGCUUCUUUUCCAAAAGGCAGAGCUCACACAUGCUCCGUGGUGUGCCUGUCCACUCUCAUCGUCUCAUAUGGUGGAACAUUUGAUCAAUGAAUAUUACUGUUUUUAUAUGAGAAAACACUGAAUCUGUGUUACAUAAACUGUCACCAACCAAGUGGAUAUCACAGUUUUGUUUCUUUUUCUUUACUGCACAGUUUUAAUCAUUAUUCGUGUAAUGGAUGAUUUCUACUGUUAUUGCAAAUUCAAGCAAACUGUAGCACCAGAUUGUGAAUCUGAGGUGGAUUCAGCAAAUGGGAGCGUAUUCAUCUGAAACAUGGGAACUGGUUCAGCCAUUCAGCUCGUGACAUACAAUGAAAACACAGGAAGUGGUGGAGUGGGGUGGGAGGUCAGGAGGAAAUUACAAUCAGCAAACAGCACUUUGAUACUCCCAUGUAUCCUUUCUGUAAAGAGAUGAGCAGUUCCAGAUUAGAUCCUGUCUAUCAGGCUGCCAAAAGUGUCACAGAAUUUACAGCUAAGACAGAAACUGUUAUUGGUUCAUGUUCAGUUUGAUAUAUUUUACUAUAUACAUUCUGGGUGUUUAGAUUGUAUGUAAAUAUUAUGUUGAUUGGCUUUUGUUUUUUAAAAAAAGUGUUAACUAUCAUAGGCAGAAGUGUUUGUCAUGAUAUGUGACAGAAGUGGCUGGCCAUUAUGUUUAUACAAUGUCUGUACUCUCCAUUUAUCUUUUUUAUUGUCUGACAGAUACAAAGGGUUUAGUUGUCUCAUGUAUGUGCACAUACUGUUUGACUGGAUGGUUUCUAUGUUAAAGUGUAAAGUAAAACAUCUCAGCACGGUUUACAUCAUGAACCAUUGAUCUCUAAGGAGAUGAGUGGGAUUAGUGCAGAGAUGUUCACAGGAAAUACAGACGAGCAAAUGAUUGAAUGUACUGCAGUAACACUGCCAAGUGUUGGCUGAUUUGUCAUCUGUAACAAGCAUAAGAGUUUGCUUUGGGCCAGAGAAAUUAACCUUCUGAGUUGUAUUUAUGAAGUUAAAGUGCAAUGGAAAAAAUAUAUAUUUUGUAUUUAAGUUUUCUUUCCAUUUGAGUAUUUGUUUCCAUCUGAUGGUUUGAACUUGUCUUUGAAUGUUUAAUUUUUAGAAAUUUCAUUGUGUAAAGAUCAGAUGUUUGCUUGGUAUUAAAUAAAAAAGAAUUUGGCAUGAU